AUGGAGGCCCAGAGCCAGCUGCUGGCGAGGCUCUUUGCUGCUGGCAAGUUGACCUUGGAGGAGUGCAAGCAAGCCUGUGCGGCUGCUGCCAGGCAUUUUCGGCGAGAAGAAAACAUCAUCGUAGUGACUGCCCCAGUUGUGGUGGUGGGUUCCCUUCGCGGCCAGCUGCGGGACUUAUUGGCCAUCUUUCAGAUGUGCGGCCCAGUGCCUGAAACCAGCUACCUUUUCCUGGGGGACUACACUAGCUCAGGUCCUGAUCCGUGCGACACCAUCGCAUUGCUGCUUCUGCUGAAAGCCCGCUUUCCUUCCAAAGUCACGCUGCUGCGUGGGAAGGGCGAACAGCGCCAGAUGACUCAGGUGUAUGGCCUUCACGACGACUGCAUGCGUCAGUUUCAUUCUGGUGGUGCCGAAGUUUGGGAAGCCUUCUGUGACUGCUUCGAUCAUAUGCCUCUAGCAGCAGUGGUGAACGAGAAAAUCCUGUGCGUGCACUCCGGCUUCUCCCCUGAGCUGGAGGAUUUGCAAGAGCUUCGCGAUCUGGAUCGUCACAGAGAUUAUGGACACGAAGGUCCGAUGGCGGACAUGCUUUGGUCCGACCCAGAGGAUCGCACAGGCUGGAACAUCGCACCCAAGAGUGUUGGCUACAGCUUUGGUGAGGACAUCACUGCUGACUUUCUGCAAGCCAACAAGCUUUCACUGCUCAUCAGAUCGAAGCAGCUGUGCAUUGAUGGCUAUGCA